AUGGCGACUUUAGUGAGAACUCAUCAAGCAGCUUUGAAGAAGGUGUGCGGUAAUCAGCCAAUUGGAUGUUUGCAAAUAUCAAUCCCCUCAAAGGGUAAAAAAGGCACUAUUCCAGUAGUAGUGUCAUCCAUCCGAAAUUUGGAUGCUCCAUCCUCAGGUCACAUGCUGCCUACUAUAUCUGUUAAACGAAUUAUUGCAACAUCACGUCGUUUAAUUCACACCGAUAUAACGUUUCCGAAAUACCAUGACGAUGAACGAUCGAAGACAACUACUGACUCAACAAAAUCAGCUAGAGAUACCGAGGAUUACCGCCGCGCAACAGCUCAAGGACUGUUGUUUGGAGUAAAUGGAGCAGUUUACUUCUAUAUGGCUACGAAGGUUGUACAGUCAUUUGUCACUUAUAAAAGUAUGCCAGCUGAUCAGUUAGCUAUGGCAAAUACAGAAAUUGAUCUAAACGAAAUUCCUGAAGGGCAGUGCAAAACGUAUACUUGGCGCGGCAAACCGUUGUUUGUGGCUCAUCGUACUCAAGAUGAUAUCGAAAAAGCAAAGAGUGUGAAUUUAAGCGAUUUGCGGGAUCCACAGACUGAUAAUGAACGAGUAAAGAAAGAUGAAUGGCUUGUAACUAUUGGUGUUUGCCCUCAUCUUGGAUGUGUUCCGCUAGCAGGAAAAGGUGAUUUUGGUGGUUAUUACUGCCCAUGUCAUGGUUCGACAUUUGACACCUCUGGUCGUAUACGCUUGGGACCUGCACCAACUAAUCUUGAAGUGCCACCUUAUCAAAUCAUUGAUAAUAAAUUGAUUGUGGGCGAUUGA